GUCAUCCGGGCAGAUGGAGUUCGUUAUGCUGACGGCAAACUUCGUGUGUUUCUUCCCAGCGCCAUACGUCAGCCAAAAUAAUCUUUAACGGACCUGUCGACACUUUAUAAGAACUUUUCUGGGUUCGGACAAGUUUUCGUGUUCCGGUACCGCUCUGAAAGUUUCCGGUGUUUGUGAGUUUGUGAGUCAAGUUUUCCCCCAGCUUGUAAACCUGGGUGGACGGGAAGCUAACGCUGCUCCAGCUCUUAUCAGGCUCGGCUCUGAGCCGUCCUCAUUCCGGAAAACUGACGGUAAUUGGAUCGAACUACGGAGGCGAAAACAUCAGGAUUCGUGGACCGAACAUGGACCGUGAGAGCAGAUAGCGUCAGUUAACCGGGAACCGGAAACGGCUGCUCUUCGCCUCCCGCUGCUCCAGGUUUUAAGUCGUUCAGCUCGGAACCGACUCCACCAGGAUGCCUGUUGACGCCAUCAACUUCGGCUUGCUCCACCGAAUCUGCAAGUUGGUGGUUCUUCUCUGCUUCCUGCACAUUUUCGUCACUGUUGUCUUCUAUGUCCGCUCCAUGGACAUCCGCAUCUCCUUCGCCCCAAAGCUGCAAUCCCACCAUAAUGUGACCUGGCCCGUACAGGGCACAGUCGGGGCCAUCACCUCCAGAACCGAACCGAAGGUAGACCCCGCCGUGGGGCAACCCCAGGACAAGCCGGAGCAGAAGACCACACAGGAGCCGGUGAAGAAGCUGGAGAAAUGCCCAGAAACGUCACCUCUGUUGGUGGGGCCCCUGAGGGUGGAGUUUAACAUCCCUGUGACCCUGGAGCAAGUAAAGAAUGAGAACCCUAAUUUGCAGCAGGGUGGACGCUUCAAACCCAAAGACUGCGAGGCGCUGCAGAAGGUGGCCGUCAUCAUUCCGUUCCGCAAGCGAGACGAGCACCUGAAGUUCUGGCUGUACUACCUGCACCCCAUUCUGCAGAGGCAGCAGCUGGACUACGGUGUUUACGUCAUCAACCAGGACGGGGAUGAGACCUUUAACCGGGCCAAGCUGCUGAACAUCGGCUACGCAGAGGCGCUGAAGGAUUACGACUACAACUGCUUUGUGUUCAGUGACGUGGACCUCAUUCCCAUGGACGACAGAAACACCUACGGUUGCUUCAGCCAGCCGAGACACCUGUCCGUGUCCAUGGACAAGUUCGGCUUCAGGUUACCGUACAACCAGUACUUCGGAGGAGUCUCUUCCAUGAGUAAAGAACAAUUCCUGAAGAUCAACGGCUUCCCAAACAACUACUGGGGCUGGGGAGGAGAGGACGACGACAUCUACAACAGGCUCUCAUUCAAAGGGAUGACCAUCUCCAGACCCAACGGGGAAGUGGGGAAGUGCCGCAUGAUCAGACACAACCGAGACAAGCAGAACGACCCGAACCCUCAGAGGUUCGACCGGAUCGCCCACACCCGAGAGACGAUGAACAACGAUGGCAUCAACUCUCUGACCUACAAGGUGGUGGCCAUCGAGAAACUGGACCUGUACAUCAGGAUCAAUGUGGACGUGGGGAAGCCCUGAGGGGCUCCUGGGCCCACACGCUGACACUUGAAGCUUUAAGUUGUGGUUCUCCUGAACUGAACCUUCUGAACAUACUUUUUUCCUGCGGGCCCCCGAGGACUCGUCUCUGAUUGGUCGGCUAGAACCAAUCAGAUGCUGCUGCAGCACAUUCUGAACAAGACUCUUAUUUUGAAAGUUACCCUGCAGGGUCAAAAAGUUGGUGGGGAGUUAUGGGUAACAGACAGGGUGAGGUUAGACCAGUUCCUGGUCUGGAUAGUACCACAGCUUCCUGGUUUCUGAUCCAGCCAUGAUCGACCAAUCUCAUUGGCUGAAUUCUGAUUCAUCCAGAGUAAUAAUUGUGAUUGGUUACCUGGUUCUGCCCCCCCACAAAAACUGGAUCAGACUUCUCGGGUCGGUUUAUUCAGAGGAGCACCUGGACAUGUUGACCUGUUCUCAUCUUCAUGGAGACAAACAAGCACAACUGAGGAUCUUGUGUCGAUGGAUUGUGUUCAGUCAAUCCAGAACCGUGCAGACAGUGUGAACACAAACCAGACUCGUUUCCUGCAGCCAAACAAAAAAAUCAAACAGGACGUCCAACCUGGGUCAGGAACCGUAUCAAGAACUUAAUCAGAACCUAGAUUAAGAACCAGAUAAAGAAAAUGGGUCAAAAACCAAAUCAGCAGCUGGAUCAGGAACCAAAGAAAUGGGUCUUACAAUCUGUGGAUCCAGAUGAAGUCCUGGGCCUGGUUUAACCUGAAUCUUGUCAAAGUGCACGUAGUUGAUAAUCGGCUCUGAUCAGGGAUCAAUGUUUCUAAUCAAAUGUAACCCUGGAGUUUUCUGAUCGAUCAGCUGAUGACUGGCAGCUGAUCGAUCAGCUCAUAUUCAGGAUGAUUGAGGUUAAGUGAUUGUUUUUAAGUGUCCUUAUUGCAGCUGUUGGUACCAAAGACUUUAUUGAUCCUGUGAAUCAGCUGACAGCUGGAUGAGCUCGUCUGAUUAUUGACGACGCAUUGAUCGUUGAAUGUUUUCUGAAUGUAGGGAGCACACUUCUGUUUGUUUACCUUCAGACCAAAACCAUGUGAAACAAUCGCCUGUAAUGUGCCUUAAAGGGAACCAGUGACCAGUUAAACUCGUUACUGGAACCCGAUAAACCCAAAUACUGAAUCGAGUCUGUCUCAGUUUCUCAGACCACUUCCUGUCUUGACAGGAAGUAGUUUUCAUGUAUGCACAACAGGGCAACUUCUUCCUGGCUUGAAGUCCUGAUGAGGUUUUGGUGGUACUCUUCUCAGAUUGGAUCUCCCAGUCUGACCCUGAGGAUUUUGUUCCGUCUGGACCAGGGGUGUCAAACUCCAGGCCUCGAGGGUCAGUCUUGCAACUUUUAGAUGUCUCUUGAUGCCACACAGCUGAAUCGUAUGACUGAAUUAGCUUCUCAGUGCAGUCAAGUUCUUCAAAGACCUGCUAAU